AUGUCCACCACAACGCCCCCGUCAAUCCCUCAAUUCUCCACAUCCCCCUGGAUCAUCCUCGCAAUCACGAGCGGCGCCUUCGCUGCAUUGAACGGUGUUUUCGCGAAAUUAACAACGGAUGACCACACAACGGCCUUCGCACAAUCCCUCGCCCACCUCUUCGGUCUGGAGUCAUCGCCUCUGAUUGAGAUGCUCACUCGAGGUGUAUGUUUACCCUUUCUUUUUUCUUUAUAUCUGGACUAUCCAUAUUCUCUAAACCCGAGUCCAAAGAUUACCCAUCUACCGCAACAUACAUGUAUAACUGCCUGUCUCGGCUUAAACGUCCUCUGCAAUAUAAUAAUGUGGGCACUUUUCACGCGCGCGCUAACAGCCGGCCCCUCGACGGUCAAAGUCUCCAUCACGAAUACCGCGUCGAAUUUCUUGGCGACGGCGCUGUUCGGGAUGGUCGUUUUUCAGGAGGCUGUUGGUGGGCUUUGGUGGUUGGGAGCUGCGAUGAUGGGUGCUGGGUGUAUUUUGGUUGGGAUGCGGGAGGGGGCGUAG